UGACUGAGCAACUAACACACACACAUAUUUCAGAUACUGCUUGAUCCUUCCACAUAACAUUAUCUCAUUUAAUCCUCAUUAUUUCCCUGUGAAAUACUUUAUAUUAUUCCCAUUUACAAUUCCUCAAAUGCCCAAAUUUUUGUUCAUCUCCUCAGCUCUUAUAUGUCCUAUUCCCUCCAUCUGGAAUGGUUUUACUCCUAAUCUUUGCCUAAUGAGUCCUUACUUGUCCUUCAGAGCUCCUCUCAGAUGUUACAACAUAAAGGAAGCCUUCUUUAUUUUGGUUUGUUUCCUUACCACACACUAUAGUAACACACUGUAUCUCAAUAAGCACAAGAAAUUAUGUGAUUAGUUAUUUAAAUCUGUCAUUUAUGUCCAAGUGUGAGCCCCAUUAGGAUAGGAACUGUAUCUGUGUCAUUUUUCUGGAUUAUUUAUAUGCCAAGUAUGUGCAGUUCCUUACACACAGGUACUCAGUAAAUAAUCAAUGUGCCAUUGUGGCAAAUGAAUGCCAUAGUCAGGAGUUGAAUGUUUGUGUAAUAUAACCUCAAAAACUUCUUUCUUUAAAUUACACCAUACCCAGAACCCAACAGGAAGUUUCUUAGUGAUAUUACCCAAGAGACUCUUCCUCGUCUCUAUUUCAGUUCUAGAUUGGCUAUCUAACUAGUAUAAGUUAUCCAUUAACCCUGGCUUGGGUGUGGCUCUCAGAUAGGGAACUGAAAGUCUUCAACAAACCUCUCCAGCUGUGUGUGGGUGAGCUCUACAGAAGUCCUCCCCUUUCUGAGCAGCUGUUUUGAGGACAGGUGUAAGAAAAGACUCCACAUCCCACUAAGUAACUUUACGUGAGGACACAUCUGGUUUACCAGGGCUUCUGACUUCCCUGCUGAACUGAAUUGCUUGUUCUGUAGGAAAGCAAAACUUGACUGCAAACGUACAUCUAAAAUGAAGAGCCCCCGAACUUUUGAGGAGCAAACAGAAUGCAUAGUGGAUUCUCUCCUCGCUGACUUCUUAGGCCCCGCUUGGCAGGUUGGUAACCGGACCCUACCAAGUGAAGACGAAACAGAUUCAGGGGAGGUUUCCUCUUUUGAUGUGGCCAUCAUUGCGGGUCGCCUUCGGAUGCUGGGUGACAAAUUCAAUGGAGAAUUGGAAGCUUCUGCCAAAAAUGUUAUCGCAGAAACCAUUCGGGGACAGGCAGGAACUGUACUUCAGAACACAGUAAAAUCGCUCAGCAAUGCCUGGUGUGCCCAAGAUUCCAGCUUGGCUUACGAGAGAGCCUUUCUGGCAGUGUUAGUGAAACUUCUUGAACGUGUGGCCAGCAUGGCUCCUCCUGAGGUGGCAAGACAGGUGGCGAGGCCCGUGGCGAAUAUGAUCAAUGGCGACACUGCCAUCCGAGAAUACAUCCAGGGCCAGGGAGGAUGGGAAAAUCUGGAGGGCUGAAGAAGAGAUGGAGCUGUUUCCCAGCCUGAACAGGACUUCUUUGCCUGAUUGGAUGAUUGAUCUCUGGUGAUUAAAAUCAAGAAACAACCAAAUCAAAACCCUCUUUCUCUUGGACAGCACUGAAUUUAGCUGAAUAAUCUCUUUUCUACUGAUUGUUAAAGUUAGGAGCAUCUCCCAGAGGUCUACAGAGAUUUUUAUACUUUCUGUUUUUACAUGAGGGGGCUUCCACAGUGACGCAGUAGUUUUAAUGAGAUUUCUAGUGCAACAAAUACCUCCAGACGCAAAGCAAUGACUUUAGAAGUGGAGUUCCAGGCAACAGGGCAGGUUGCUGGAGAUAGUGUGGGGGAAAAGGGAGCCCACAGUGAACCAUUCCAUCAGAUUUAGCGCCAUCCUCCGAUAAGGCAUCUUGUCUACUAAUUUUGCAGUCUAAAGCAUUCCAGGGAGAUCUUUGGUUUAGAAAAUCUUGUUAUUUUAAGUUGAGGAUUUUAUUUUAAAUUCAUAACGUAAAUGUCAUGUUAAUUUCACUGGAGCCAAAUUAUUUUAUGUAUUGUCAAGGCUAGAAGCAAGAAAAUAGCAGUCUGUUCAUCUGCUUUUCUAUUAGAAAGGCCAAAGAGCAAUAGAGUACUCACUGCAUUUCUAUCACUACAGAAUACAGGAAGUGCUGGCCCCCUUCUGGGACUGUAGGGCCAUCCUAGUUUAAAUGAAGCUAGCUGUGUACAGGCCACAGUGUUUCUCAGAGUGCAGUUCACUUACCACUUGUGAACCGUAUGCGUUGCUGAUUUCCAGGCUGCAUCCCUAGAGAUUCUGUUUUGGUAGGGGUAGGCUGGGGCCUAGGAUCCUACCUUUUAAUUGGUUCCACUGGUGAUUCUGAUGUGCAUACAAAUUUUGAGAACCAUCACGUUUGAGCAAGGGUUGGGGAAUUACAGCCCACAGACCAAAUCAGCCCACAGCAUUUUUUUUUUAAAGAAAGUUUUUUUUGAAUGCAACUACACUCACUUGUUUACAUAUUACCUAUGGCUGUUGUAGCAUUGUGACUGUAGAGUUGAGUUAUGGCAGACACCAUAUAGCCUGUCCUGUAAAACCUAAAAUAUCUACUCUCUGGCCCUUUAAGUUUUCAGACCUCUGCUCUAGAGCUCCAUGACCAUUUCUCCUUGAGUAAUUUAAACUCUAUUGCAAUCCUGAUAAUUCCAAAAGAAACCGUAGAUAGGAUGACUCUUUUUUUCAGAAUUUAGUUUGAGUGUUUGUUAGUUCUUGCAUAGUCCACACUUUCUCUAAAACCUUUGGCAAAUCAGUGAACUCCGGGACUCCUGAGUAUUUGAUAGCGGUGUGUAUUUCCUUGGUCCUGCUACAAGCGAUUGGAAGUGAUUGGAAGUAAAACAUAUGGUUUCUAUGGUCUGUGUAUCACAUAACAGUUCUUAAUAAUCUCAUGGAUUAAUAGACAGUCAUCAAGUAGAGACUUCUUCAUCUCUAAACUCCAGAAACUAGAUGACUUACCUAAACAUCAAGAAGAAAAGCACUACUGUUUAAGCGAGGCGUUAAUGGCUUUGGCUUAAGUUUAACAAAGCUAACCACAUCCCCUCCCUUCAACUAGCCAGCUAUCUGGCUCCUCCAGAUGUACAGACAUAAAGAUACAGUGCUGCUAAUAUAUUUUUACUUUUUCAAGUUAUGCUGUUUCCUCUAUCUUUCAAUAAAUUAGGUUGGCAAUCCAGAAA